AUGUGUGGAAUUCUUGUUCAAUUCGUGCGACAGCAUUUUGCUAUUGAUAACAAUAAUGGUAAAAAUAAUAAUGACACUUGCUUAGGAUUAAGAUUAAUUGAACAAAACAAGAAACGUGGACCAGAUGCUCAAAAUUAUUAUCACGAAAUUAUUACGUUAAGCAAUGAUAAUAAAAAUAAUGAUACUAUCGCUAAAGAAAAUGAGCGGAGUGAUUAUCUAGAAUUUUAUGGUGCAACUUUACACUUACGUGGUCAAAAUCUAAUGAAGCAGCCAGUGCGAGAUAAUGAUCGUGUUUUAUUAUGGAAUGGUGAAAUAUUUGAUGGAAUCGAGGUAUCAAAACACGAAAAUGAUACUGAAAAACUUUUUGAGGCAUUAAAAUCUUGUGAUCAAGCUGCUGCCAAUGUUAAUAAUAUGAGAAAUAAUAGUGAAAGAGAUGAGCUAAAUCCUAUUGCCCAGACUUUGGCGAAAAUCGAAGGCCCAUUUUCUUUUGUUUAUUGGGAGAGUUCAAGACGUAAACUGUGGUUCGGUCGUGAUUGUCUUGGCAGAAGAUCUUUGUUAUGGCAUUUACCUACUUCGAAAUCCGAUAGAUUUAUAUUGACAUCGGUUGGUGAGGUUAAUAAUAAAAGUAAAAAAAUCGACGAUUCUACUAUCCCCAUCGGAAGAGAUGAACAAAAUAACGGUUUGCAUUUUGAAGAAGUGCCAGCAACUGGAUUUUUCUGUUUGAACCUUGACGAUGUUUAUUAUUCAGGGUUUAACGAAUUAGAUGAAUAUCUAAUAGACUUUUUUAGUUAUCAAGCAGAAUCAUUCGAGAAAUUGUUUAUUCAUUAUCCAUGGUCUCAUGAAAAUGACGAAGUGAAUGCACCACCUCAAAUAGAGAACAUUAAACAUAUGGCAACUCUUCCGAAUCUUGAUGACCUUUCGAUCUUACCAUCGUCCAUCGAAUCAUCCUUUGUGCCAGAAAUCUCUACUCAGAUGCGUGAAGCUAUCAACAGAAUGAUUUCGGAACUCGGCGAUUCUGUGAGGAAGCGAGUAGAAUCCAUACCAUCAUCUGGCACAUCACCCAAAACGGCAAGACUAGGAAUUCUGUUCUCAGGUGGUCUAGAUUGUAUUUGCCUCGCUGCUUUGUCCGACAAAUAUCUACCACUAGAAGAUCCAAUUGAUCUAUUGAAUGUGAGUUUUGAAAACCCGCGAAAAGUAUCGUCAGAUAAUAAUAAAAAGAAUUUAGUUGAUGCGAAUGCGGGAGAUGAACGAUCGAUUUCACUUUAUGAUGUGCCUGAUCGGUUAACUGGUCGAGAAGGCUAUCAAGAAUUAAAGUAUGAAAAAAAGAUUUUGCCAAACCGUCCUUGGAGACUCGUCGAGAUAAAUGUUCCUUAUACAGAAACUUUAUCACAUCGAAGCACAAUAUUAGAAUUAAUGGCGCCAUUGGACACAAUAAUGGAUUUAAGUAUUGCCAUGGCAUUUUGGUUUGCCGCUCGUGGUAAAGGUCAAAUUGAAUCAUUGGAUUCGCCAGGGCAAAUGCAUGCAUAUGAAAGUAAAGCGAAAGUUUUACUUGUUGGCGUGGGAGCAGAUGAAUUGCUUGCCGGAUAUUCACGACAUCGUGAAGCGUUUCGACAGGCGGGAUGGGAGAGAUUGAUUAAAGAGGUUCAAUUGGACGUGGAUCGAAUAUCGACGAGAAAUUUAGGACGAGAUGAUCGAAUUAUUUCCUCCCACGGCAAAGAAUCACGAUACCCAUAUCUCUCAGAGAAUGUAGUACGAUUCCUUUGUUCUCUUCCAAUGUAUUUGAAAGCAGAUAUGCGGUUCCCACGUGGAAUAGGAGAAAAACUAUUGUUACGUCAUGUUGCGCGAGAACUAGGAUUAGUAAACGCUAGCGUAUUGCGGAAACGCGCAAUACAAUUUGGCGCAAGAACUGCGAAGAUGACAAGUGGUGAGAGUAAGAGCAAGGGACAUAUGAAAGCUGCUGAUUUGAGUGAGGAAUAA